CGGUGGAGACGCAGAGCACCAGUUCUGAAGAGAUGAUCCCCAGCUCUCCUUCUCCACCUCCUCCUCCACGGGUCUACAAACCCUGCUUCGUGUGCCAGGACAAAUCUUCUGGAUACCAUUAUGGAGUCAGCUCUUGUGAGGGCUGCAAGGGUUUUUUCCGCCGCAGUAUCCAGAAGAACAUGGUGUACACCUGUCACAGAGACAAAAACUGCCAGAUCAACAAAGUGACGCGCAACCGCUGCCAGUACUGCAGACUGCAGAAGUGCUUCGAGGUCGGAAUGUCCAAAGAAGCGGUGCGGAACGACAGGAAUAAGAAGAAGAAGGAUGUAAAAGAGGAGGUGGUUCUGCCUGAAAGCUACGAGCUGAGCGGCGAACUGGAGGAACUGGUUAAUAAAGUCAGCAAAGCACACAGAGAAACCUUCCCUUCGCUCUGUCAGCUGGGGAAAUACACAACUAACUCUAGUGCAGACCACAGGGUUCAGCUGGAUCUGGGACUGUGGGAUAAAUUCAGUGAGCUCUCCACAAAGUGCAUUAUAAAGAUAGUGGAGUUCGCCAAACGUCUGCCAGGAUUUACAUCGCUCACUAUCGCAGACCAGAUCACCUUACUCAAAUCUGCCUGCCUCGAUAUACUGAUGUUGCGGAUCUGCACUCGCUACACUCCUGAGCAGGACACCAUGACGUUUUCAGACGGACUGACCCUCAAUAGGACACAGAUGCACAACGCCGGCUUCGGGCCGCUCACAGACCUGGUGUUUGCGUUCGCCGGGCAGCUCCUGCCUCUGGAGAUGGAUGACACAGAGACGGGGCUCCUCAGCGCCAUCUGCCUCAUCUGUGGAGACCGUAUGGACCUGGAGGAGCCUCACCGUGUGGAUCAGCUGCAGGAGCCGCUGCUGGAGGCGCUGAAGAUCUACGCUCGCCGCCGCCGUCCCAACAAACCUCACAUGUUCCCCCGAAUGCUGAUGAAAGUCACCGACCUGCGGGGCAUCAGCACUAAAGGAGCGGAGCGUGCCAUCACCCUGAAGAUGGAGAUCCCGGGCCCAAUGCCUCCUCUGAUCAGAGAGAUGCUGGAGAAUCCGGAGAUUUUUGAGGACAGCAGCGACUCUAAUGACUCCGGUGCUGCCGCCGUCGUCCCGGCGCCGAACAUCAAACG